CACAGACGCGCGCGAGAGAGAGAGGCACACACGCGCACGCAGGAAGCGUAGAGGUCGUUAUUAUUAUUUUAUUUUUUAUUUUUUCGACUGCGAAUUGGUGGAGUCGAGUGUCAAGUCGAGUUGACGUGCCGCUCACAAAUCAGCUCGCCGAGGCAGCAGCAGCAGCAGCAGCAGCCAUGCUUCGGAAGCCGCCCGUCAUCAUCUCGGACGUUCAGCCGAGCAAGGAUGGCGUCUCAAAGAAUAGCCUCGCACCUCCAAAAGACAAGGCCCGGCGGAAGCAGUCUUUCACGCUCAACAUGGUGGCCUACACCCACCACACGGAGAAGGGCACCGUGCCGGAUGGGCAGAGCAUCCCCGAGUUCGUGAACAAGCCGUACUCCCUCACUCUCAUGGAGGGGAAAUCGGCCACCUUCCGUGCCCGAGUCUUUGGAAAGCCGACACCCACGGUGACCUGGCAUAGGAUUAACGGGGAGGAAGUGGUAACUGGCCCUGACUACAAGGUGCACUAUGACCCGCGCAAGGACGAGCACAUCAUGGAGGUGCCCAAGGUGGUCUCGAAACUCGCCGACACGUACCGCUGCACCGCCAGCAACGUGCACGCCGAGGCCUCCAUCGCCGUGGCCCUCAUUGCCAUCUCACUCCGCAAGUCAGCGCCACUACAGAUGAAACAGGAGGUCAGUGAUGCGGGGGACUUCCGUGCAAAGCUCAAGAAAAGGGUGGAAGAAGAGAAGGUCCCAGAGAAGACGCUCGACGAAAAGGAGGUGUGGGACAUCCUCAUGAGCGCCGACAGGAAGGACUACGAGGCCAUCUGCUUCAAGCACGGCAUCAAGGACUUCCGCGGCAUGCUCCGUCGCCUGCAGGCCAUGAAGGAUGCCAAAGAGGAGGAGGAGGAAAAUGAGCUGCAGCUUCGCAAGGCGUUAAAGCACGUGAAGGUGAAUGCGGAGGGAACCGCCGUGUUUGAAAUCUACAUGGAGCGGCUGGAUCCCAGCAAGAACCUGCGAUUCUUCAAGAACGGGAAGCUGCUGACGAUCGACGAGACGGAAGGGAAGCACGUGCUGAAGAAAAUCGCCGACAAGUAUUGCCUGGUCAUCAACAACGUGAACGCGAACGACGACGGAGAGUACACGGUGGAGAUCGACGGGCAGAUGAUCAAGGCCGGACACCUGCACUACACCGAUGAGCAGGUGUUCAUACGGCAGCUGCAGUGGAUGCGCUGCUAUGAGCGGGAGUCGGUGACCUUCGAGUGUAAGCUCACCAUGCCUACGCCCACCGCCACGUGGAACUUCAAGAGCCUCGAGCUUAUAGAGUCCAACAAGUAUGAGAUGAAGGUGCUGGACGGUGGGAAGACGCACCAGCUGACAAUCCACAACACGCGCAUGGUGGACAAGGGCGUCUACUCGAUAGGGGUCUUCGGGUGCAGCUCGGUCGCGUGGCUGGAAGUCGCAAAAAGCGCCAUCAAGUUCAAGAGCGGCUUCCGCUCGGUGCGGGCGCGCGCCGGCGACACGGCGAGCUUCAGCUCGGAGCUGAACAUCGAGGGCACGAACGCCACGUGGCUCAAGGACAAGCUGCCCAUCGCGGCCGGCGACAUCGACAGCGGGCGCAUCAAGGUCUUCUCGGACGGCGGCAAGCACGGCAUCAGCUUCAACCCGGCGGCCGAGACGGACACGGGCGAGUACACGGUGGUGGUGAAGCAGGACGACGACGACAGGGAGUACACCGCCAACACCUUCCUCCGCGUCGAAGCCGCCGAUGACGACGCCAACAAGAAGGAACGGCAGGAGCGGCGCGCGAAGAAGGCCGUGGUUGCCCUGCCGAAAUCCACCGGCGAUGGUGGAAAGGGUGGAGACGACAAGUCCACAUCUGGCAAAGGCGGCAAGGGUGACGGGUCCAAGUCCGGGCUUGAUGCAGGGAAGGGCCUCAAGGGCAAUGCCGGGCUCGACGACGGGUCCAAAAAAAAGAUUCCACCGCCGCCGCCCCCCGUGAUCAUGAUUGAGCCGGUGGAAGAGAACAAUUUAGGCAACGGCUUCGGCAACGGCUCUGGCGACGGCUCGGACCUGCUGGACAAGUCGGGCUCGGGCGACGGAGGGGACGGCUCGGGGCUCGGCGACGGCUCGGGGCUUGGCGACGGCGCCGACCUCAGUCACCAGCGAGGGACCGGUGACGAGGACUCUGGACGAAACAGACGGGACGCUGACUCAAACGCUGCCCCGCCGAGAAAAGGGCAGCCCGCCAAACAGCCUGUCGACCUCAGUCACCUACGCGGGACCGGUGACGAGGACUCUGGACGGAACAGACGGGACGCUGACUCGAGCACUGCCCCGCCGAGAAAAGGGCAGCCCGCCAAACACCCCGUCGACCACGGUCACCAGCGAGGGACCGGUGACGAGGACUCUGGACGGAACGGACGGGACGCUGACUCAAACGCCGCCCCGCCGAGAAAAGGGCAGCCCGCCAAACGGCCAGUCGACCUCAGCCACCAGCGAGGGACCGUUGACGAGGACUCUGGACGGAACGGACGGGACGCUGACUCAAACGCUGCCCCGCCGAGAAAAGGGCAGCCCGCCAAACAGCCUGUUGACCUCAGUCACCAGCGAGGGACCGGUGACGAGGACUCUGGACGGAACGGACGGGACUCUGACUCAAACGCCGCCCCGCCGAGAAAGGGGAAGCCCGCCAAACAGCCUGUUGACCUCAGUCACCAGCGAGGGACCGGUGACGAGGACUCUGGACGGAACGGACGGGACUCUGACUCAAACACUGCCCCGCCGAGAAAAGGGCAGCCCGCCAAACAGCCUGUUGGUGUGUGCACAGACCUUGGACACAUCCAGGGGACGGGUGACAAGGACUCUGGACGGAACAGACAGAACGCUGACCCAAACGCUGCCUUGCCAAGAAAAGGGCAGCCCACCAAACAGCCUGUCGACCUCAGUCACCAGCGAGGGACCGGUGACGAGGACUCUGGACGGAACGGACGGGACUCUGACUCAAACGCUGCCCCGCCGAGAAAGGGGAAGCCCGCCAAACAGCCUGUCGGUGUGUGCACAGACUUGGAUGGACUCGGAUCAGGGACGGGCGACGGUGGAAAGGGCGAUGGCUUGGACGGUCUCGACGACAGUGGUUCAGACGGAAAAUCUGGACUGGUGGACAGACUGGCGGACGGAGACGACGACGAUUGGGACUCAGACGAGUCGGAGUUUACCGACCACCGGCACGACGCCCUGGGCAUGGACCUCAGUCACCUGCACGGCACUGGUGACGAGGACUCUGGACGAAACGGACUGGACGCUGACCCAAACGCCGCCUUGCCAAGAAAUCGGCAGCCCGCCAAACAGCCCCUCGUGCGCAAGUCGCGGUUCGCAGACGUCGACACAUCGGCGAAGGAGAUCGAACCGAGCAGCCGGAAACCUCGUAUCCAAGAGGAGGCGGGGCCAGAGUACAUCGUCGCCGAGGCCCCGGUGAUCGACGCGGAUGCACGCGCCAAGCUGGAGCGCGACCCGAUCACGGUGCGCGCCGGCCAGACGGCGCUGGUCAGCGUGCCGUUCUCCUGCAAGGGCACCUCGUGCUCGGCCAACUGGACGCGGGACGACGGCGCCACGGAGGUGCGCGAGGACGAGCGCACGCACCUGGAGCGCUCGGACCGCGACGCCACCUUCGCCCUGUCGCGGUGCGAGCGCGGCGACAGCGGCGGACUCAAGCUGCAGCUCAAGAGCCCCAUGGGCACCGCCGAGAUCAACAUGCACCUGGAGGUCAUCGACAAGCCGACACCGCCCGUGGGGCCCCUGGAGACGAGCGUGACGGGCAAGCUGGUGACCAUGACAUGGCAGCCCCCGCUGGACGACGGCGGGCGUCCCGUGUCGCGCUACCUGGUGGAGCGGCGCCAGGCGGACAAGCGCUCGUGGGUGCCCGUGGGCGAUGCGGCGGGCGACGCGGCCAGCUUCAAGACGGACAAGGUGGACGAGGGCAAGGCCUACCAGUUCCGUGUGCGCGCCGUCAACUCGGAGGGGGAGAGCGACGCGCUCGAGUCGGGCACCGUGACCAUCGAGAAGCAAGCGACCCCUCCGAGCGCGCCGGGCUCCCCGCGCGCCACCAACGUCACCAAGGACACGGUGUCGCUCAUGUGGACGGAGCCCAAGAACACGGGCGGAGCGCCCGUGGCCAGCUACGUGCUGGAGAAGCGGGAGCGUGGCACCGUCGCCUGGAGCUACGCCUCCACCUCGGCCAUCUACGACACCCAGCACACGGCGAAGGGCCUCAACGAGGGCACGUGGUACGAGUUCCGCGUAACGGCCGUCAACAGCGCCGGGCGCAGUGAGCCCAGCGCCGUCUCGCAGCCGGCGCUUCCCAAGGAGCCACUGAAGUGCCCGGGCUCCGUGCACGGCCUCGCCGUCUCCAAGCUGGCGGCGCAGGGCUUCACGCUCAGCUGGAAGCCGCCGAAGGACGGCGGCGAGCCCGAGGGCUACAUCGUGGAGACCUGCCCCGAGGGCAGCAGCGAGUGGACGCGCGCCAACAAGGCGCUCGCCACUCAGCCCUCGUACACGGUGGGCGGCAUUCACGACCGGCGCAUGUACUUCGUGCGCGUCACCGCCGUCAACGAAACGGGCCUGGGCAAGCCCACGCAGCUCGACACGUGCGUCAGCGCCGCCCCGCCCUCAGUCCGUCCUUCCUUCAAGCUGGACAGCUCUACCAGCAACUACAUGAGGGUGAAGGCGGGCAACACUGUGCGACUGAAGGUCCUCUUCACGGGAUCUCCGGCACCCGAGGCCGACUGGCUGAAGGAAGGCGUGCGCCUGUCAACACGCGUCGCCAUCACCAGCACGUCGGGCUCGUCGCAGAUGCUCAUCCCGUGCACGGCCCUCAAAGACUCCGGACACUACACGCUGGUGAUCAGCAACGAGGCCGGGUCCGAGACCCACAGCAUCUUCAUGAAGGUCAUUGACGUGCCGUCAUCGCCAGGCCACGUGUCACUGGUGGAAAAGGUGCCGGGCACGGUGACCUUGUGCUGGGGCGCGUCUCGGGACGAGGUCACCGACGACGAGCUCACGUACACGGUGCUGCGGCGCGAGGUCAACAACAAGGUUUGGACGGAGAUCGGAGACCACAUCAACAACAACAGCUUCACGGUGACGGACUCGGUGACGGGGCAGCCGUACAUGUUUCGCGUGGUGGCAGUGAACAGCGUGGGGAGGAGCUACCCCUCGGAGAGCAAGGAGCCUUGGAGCCUGAUGCGCCGCCGUGAGCCCGUGGGCCUCGUGAUGCCGCGCUACAGGGGCUGGAACGAAGCGAGCGCCCCGUCGUUCCUCGUGCCGCUGCGACCUCACGUGGUGACCCGCGGCACCGAGUGCCGCAUGAGCUGCGCAGUGCGCGGCUGCCCGCGGCCCAUCGUCACGUGGUUCAAGGGCGGCCAGAGCCUGUGGGGCAGUGAGCGCGCGUGCCCCAUGGAGACGGUGGGCGUGUGCUCGCUGCUGCUGCCCGUAGUGGACUUCGAGGACGCGGGCAUGUACACGGUGCACGCGCAGAAUCCGCACGGCAAGACCGAGUGCUCGGCCUCGCUCGACGUCAAGGAUUGGAGCGUGGAAUGAGAGGUGAGAAACUUCUUGAGUCCAGGUUUGAUCAAAAGUCACUUAAAAACGAAACUAUAUACUAUAUGUAUUUAACCAGGUAAGGCCCACUAAGCUAUCGAAAUAUUUUUCAGAAGCAACCUGCCUACAAAUUAUAGCUCAACGAAGUGGCUGAUCAUGUGGAAAUUUAUAGCAGCCAAAUAUUCUAAAUGCAUGUUUCAAAAAAAUUGGAGGGAAAAACCGGAGGACCCAGGGAAAAAUCCACGCAAACACGUGGAGAACAUGCAAACUCCAAAUAUACAGCAGCAGCAGGCGUCAGGGUUAGGAUCAAACCCAUGACCUCCUGUAUACCAGGCGAGGCAGUUAACAUCUCACCACCACAGUGGCCCACCUGUUUAUGCUUCAAACAACGCACACUUAAACUGAUUCCCAUUAUGUGAUUGAAAAUGUAGUUCAGCGUUUGGUUGAUAUUUUAAAGAAAUGCACUUAUUUUACCUUGUGUUUUGUCAAAUUUGUAAUUGUUUUGCCUGAGAGAUAUUUUGAGAGCCAUUGCUUUUAAAAUGAUUAAAAAAUGUGGCAUUAAAGACGAGCUUGCAGAUGUGCAGGAAUGGAAAAAUUAAUUGAGGAAAAAUCUCUUCAGGAGCAUACACGCAUUGUGCACGUAGUUCUUUUUUUUUCAAGCAACGAAACACGGCAAUGUUGCUAACAAGUUGAUGAUACUCCGCAAGUUCCCUUGUACGGUUGCAAACAUAUUACCGGGGACUUUAGCAGCUGCUCAUGAGGAGUUGCCAAGCUUUGAGCGGUGCUGAACUCUGAUUUGAUUCUCGCGUUGAUAUUCCGAGUGGUACAAUCCUUAAUUUUACGUCUGGUUACUGUUUGUGGAAUUCAUUAAAAUGCCAUAAAAUUGCGACAACAGCACAAGUUUUUGCGGUUGCACUGUAAAGCCCGCCGAUGUGUUUUCGGGUUGUGUCACGUGUCAUUCGGCAUGAUGUCCGACGUUCCGUUCCAUGCACUGGAAGCUUUUUCAAUUACUUUCCAGAAGAAGGAGGAAUCUCCCAGCACGCGGAGGGAAACGUCAGACAUUGUGCCGAACAACCCCAAAAACACGCCGUCAGAGCUAUGUACACAAUUGUUGUUGAAUCUGACUCGGAGUAGAUUUUAAACAACAUGUUUGGUCGGCAUGGAACGAUGCAUCGGCUCGUUUAUUUAAAGUGAUUCUUACGCUCGUGAUGCAUGCAUUGAAUUGUGCACGUGAGGAUCGAUUAUUUUCAGAUUUUUGCAAAUUGUAUCGCUCAUUCGGCAUUUCGACUUUUGGAGCAAGCAAAACGGUAUCAACGAGAGAGAACAAAUGAGAACGCAAACGGGGCGGUCAUAUCAACGAGACAGAACCGAUUACCGACUCAAAACCCUCACGAUGAUUGAAUCUCUAGCGGUGUGAAUCGUUACAUGCCUACUGCUCAGCCACCCCCUUGGUAACGAUGAUCUUAACAAUGCAAACGUUCUAUUAUGAUUUGCAAUGAUGCUGUCCGGCGAACAUGACUACUGUAUUCCUUCCUGAAAUGAAACAAUACAAUUGACAAUAUUACUUGGGUUUUCAUAUCAUGAAAAUGCAACCGCAUUUCACGAUAAUUCAGCUCGUUGGCACGCAGCCUCUUUUCCCGGGUCUGCGUUUUACCAGCUCCAUUUGUUUAAACAAGAGAACCUUUGAAGGUUUUGACUCCUCUCUGGUUUCAAGGUCUUGUCACAUUUUAUUUCAGUCAUUUGCCGAAGUAGGGAGGGAAAAAAAAACGUUGCUUCUUUCGUGAAUUGUAUUCGUCUUGGUUGCUUUCUCUGGGGCCUUAACAGCGCCGGUGGCAAUCGCCAAACUCCGUCUGACCUGGAGACGUCUUCAUUGAAAUAUUUCUCCGUCAUUUAUCCGCACAGAAAAAAAACGCAUAAAGGAGAACUAAUUUGCUUUAUCUUCUAAAACGUACUACUGUGCGACUCAAUGUAUUAUAUUGGUCGAUUGAAAAGUGUUCGGGCCGUGCUUGUUAAUGUAUGGCCAGUUUUGUUUACAUGCUGCAGAAGGUAAACGAUUUAUUGGUGAAUGUGUAAUUGUAAUUAAGAAGUGCUACGUGCAGCACAGUAGAUUGUUUUAUAUAGUGCUGAAGGAUAUAGCGUAGUGAAGCAGAUGUACUAUAUAUACAUGGUAUGUUUAUGGAAGGGUUUGUGGUAGGUGGAAUAUGGAUUUUGUGAAAGUGGAGAACAUAAAUUGCUAUAAAACAGUAGUACUGCUAUUAGAGUGAUUCAGAGAGGAAUGAAGGAAAAAAAAAUCGUUGAUAGAAUGGUUACUUAAUAAAGUUGACUUGUCUUUCUGUUCAAACUAGCAAUGAGGUGGUUGGUGUUCUUCGUUGGUGGCCCUUGAUCCAGUGGUAGAAAUUCCACGUUUCUAUGGCUGGGCUAGCCUGACCAGAGGAUAACCACCAUUUACCGUCAACACAGUGGUAUUCAUUUGAUUGACCUUGAAGGUAUGAUGAGCCAAUUUAACUCCCAAUUAGACCGAGAUUUAUGCUAUAAAUUGUGAACCUGGUGAAUGGCCAACGUGGUGACAUGGUCAAACGACCCCUGUGACUGACACGGCAUGGGGAGGCCUUCAAUCAGCAGUGGAUUUGACGAAGAGCUGAAAGAGGAUUCGGUGGUGCUGUGUUGAUAUAACCUUGAGGGCGGAUUGCAGCAAUUAUGGUAGUGUGUUGUUUGCAUCUUGGUAAUGGUCAAGGGAUGACGACUAUGAAUGCAGGUGUUCAAAUGUGUUUUUACGUUUGGAUUUUUGUGAUUACACUUACAGUAUAUGCUUUGGCUGUCAAGCCAUGUUUUCCUUCUUGCGAAUAAAUUAAUGUGUGUGGUGUGACCUUUU